GUCCGAUUGUCGCGAAGCUCCGCACAGUAGCGGGAGAGACGGCUUCGACAAAAAGGAUCCCCACAUUUCGGCACGAUACUCGGAUGAUUCACAAAUAUAGUGAGAAAUUUGUACAUGAUAAUCGCUGGGCGGCACUUGCAGAACAGCCCAUUGAAGAAGAGGGAGACUAUGACCUGUCAUCAUAUGUCGAUACCUUUUCGGAGAUAAUGCAUCAGACGACGCUCUCAUUUGGCAUUAAAUCUCAAACCAGCGGUCCCUCGGUCAAAUUCCCUCGCAAACUUACGGAGCUUCUGAAACGGUACAGGCGGUAUAGUAAACAAUACACGAAAGAGCUACGGAGCUCUGGUGUUGCCGAUGAGAUGACUAUGACCCGCUACCGACACGCUAAGUCAGCCUUCAAGAAAGAGCAGAAGGACUGGUUGCGUCGACAGCAGGAGACUCUGUAUUCCAGAAUCUCAGAUGACUUCAUUGCGCACGAUCAUAAGAACGUGUGGAGCCGUCUAAAGUCCCAAGUUAAUGAGCAGAUACACAGUCGAUCCAAAGUCCGAGGAUCUGGCUGCAUGCCGGUUAAGGAUCCCUUGACUGGUGAACUUCAAGUUAACCGUUCCGAUGUACUGAGAGUGGCUUCAGAGCAUUACGAGAGAGUUCUCACGUAUGAUGCUGAUGGAGCUGUAUCGGACAAAGAGCGUUGGGAUAAGAUUGACCUUGGUGAGAAGUUGCCCGCCCUGAAGAAUCUUAAUAAAGAUUUGACCUGGCGCGAGGCGCUUCAAGCCGUCCGUCGCAUGAACCGUAAUACGGCGACGGGUAAGGAUGGCGUGCAUGUAAACGUCCUAAAGGGUCUAGUGAGUGAGGAGUGUAUGGCACAGUUGAAGGCUCAAAAUCCAGACUGGAGGCGUCCAGAUCAUGUCCGUGUGGACCUCUCGAGCUCAAACCUGCCUGAAGAACCCCUUACUCCACUGGGUAAAGCGCUAUGGAGAGCGCUUGUCGCGAGUUGGAAGGGUGAAUCCCUACCGGAUACCUGGCACGAGACUAUGCUCACGCAUCUCCCGAAGCCAGGUAACACGGAUCCUGAAAACUUGGACAAUUACUGUGGCAUUAGUCUGUUAUCAGUGGUUCUUAAGAUUCUGCUGCAAAUCAUGACUGAACGUCUGCAGGGCGACGCGGAGGCUGCCAACCUCAUCGCUCCUGAACAAUCCGGUUUUAGAAAGCGGGAAGAGACAAUAGCUCAAUUCCUCGCAUUGGCAGAAACGGUUCGCCGUAGGCAUUUACAGGGACUGCCCACCGUCGGGGUCUUUGUUGACUUUAAGAAAGCUUACGAUCGGGUUCCUCACGGCGCCCUUUACCGCGUACUAGAGCAUAUCGGUGUUCGAGGAAAAUUCCUCAACAUGGUGAAACACAUUUACGAUAAUGCGAAGGUUGCGGUGCAAAUCGAUGGAUUAGUUGGCAACGCGUUCCGAAUGUCACGCGGAACGAAACAAGGUUGUCCAUUAUCCCCCCUCUUGUUUAUACUGUUCAUCAACCGCAUUUUGCAGAAGUCUUCCGUUGCAGGCGUGUCUGUACCGGGAGUCCAGCAGAACUUAGCGGGUGGCUUAUAUGCUGAUGACUUGAUUGCACUUGAAGAGACCGUAACAGCGGCUCAGAAUGUGUGCCUGAAGUUAUACGAGUGGGGAAAAAGGUGGGGAAUGGAAUUGGGGAUCUCAAAAUGUGGCGUGAUGCUUUGGUCGAGUGAUGACUCUAUACACAUGGAGUUUGAAGCAGCACGUUUUCCUACACCAGCGGGAGAAAUCCCGAAGGUGGAGGAGUACAAGUAUCUCGGAAUAUGGGUCGACUCCACACUGAUCGAUCACAGAAACGGGUUUUUGGGUGGGGCGAGCUUGGAAAUUAGGAAUUCUAAGCUACGGGCCAAGGAAGGCCUAAAGGCACUAUUCGUGCUUCGUCCUUUGUUCUCUGAUAAGCGGUGUCCCAUUCCUCUCAAGGUUGCCCUCAUCCGUAACUUGAUCAUGUCACUUAUGUUGUACGGAUCAGAAUGGACGGGUUUCCGCCAGACACAUGCUGCACCCCUCCAACGGGUAGUGAAUAUUGCUAUUCGGUGGGUCUUAGGGAUACCGGCUAUGUCAUCCUCUUUUGAUAUGUAUACUUGUUGCUAUGAACUUGGCCUCCCCACUAUUGAGGAGGAAAUGGCGGCGCGGAGAACACGUCUGCAUGCCAAGCUCGAGUACGGCACGGAGAAAAUGCGCACCUGGCUGCAAAUUCUCCAUGAUCACCGCGAUGGAUAUAAGUCCCCCCACCCACGCUCUUAUGUGUGGACUAAGUCGGGCUGGAAUUACAUCGAUCACCUCAUUGGUCGCCAGACUGGUCCCCUCCUUGAGGUGAGGGACCUCGACGGUGAGGUCGGAUAUGGGCAUAAUGUGAUCAACCGGUAUGCUACACGACGAAAUGUUACGGACGUGGAAGAAUUUGAGGCCGAUCAGCUUCGACUGAAAGUCUUCCAACUCUUCACGGAGGACGAGCUCGGUACUCGAGUUCGGAAUACCAGUGAAGAAUCACCACUCCGCCCAUGGGCGGCAAGAGCACGCAUUUACGAACUGCAUCAGCGCAGCAACUCGUACCGUUCACCGUUUGUUGAAAAUGCACGUGCGUUAAUUGUGGGGAUGGACCGUGAAGGAGUAAGCGUAGAGGAGUCCGAGGAGUACUUUCACACCAAGCUUGGUCUUCGCGUCUUAGACGAACCGAGUCUGGUGGAGGAGCGACUCCAGCAGAAUAAGGAUAUUAGUAGCAGUGAUCAGGGUAGAACGCUGAUGGAGUGGAGACUCGUCCGCAACGUCAGGGACUGCGUUCUAGAGUGACAGAUGGCGAUUAAUCAUCACAAAUCUUUUGAGUGGUAUGAUUUCUGGGGCUUCGGGGCAACCCGUGGUUUCCUUCAUGCUACACUGUCGCGACCCGACUUAGCUGAGGGUGUACGAUGGCUUACAGCCAUUCGCAUUGGACUCUUUCCGCGGCUGAAAGAGACAAAAUAUACAGUACCCCUCGUG